UGCGCUGACAUCACUGUCCUGGCGUCGGCCUUUUAGCGCAGGGUCAGCUCUUCCCAGCUGUGCAGUGUGCUGGCUCCCGCGCAGAGCAUCGCCCCUCGCCUCCGUGAGCAGCUGCUUGUCUCCUACCCACCGCAGAUAUGGCAAACAAGGGCCCGUCAUAUGGCCUGAGCAGGGACGUCCAGUCCAAGAUCGAGAAGAAGUACGACGACGAGCUGGAGGACCGGCUGGUGGAGUGGAUCGUGGCGCAGUGCGGGGCUGCGGUGGGUCGCCCCGAGCGAGGCCGCCUGGGCUUCCAGGUCUGGCUGAAGAAUGGCAUCGUCCUCAGCAGGCUGGUGAACAGCCUCUACCCCGACGGCUCCAAGCCUGUCAAGAUCCCUGACAGCCCCCCCACCAUGGUCUUCAAGCAGAUGGAGCAGAUCGCCCAGUUCCUCAAGGCGGCCGAGGACUAUGGUGUGGUCAAGACGGACAUGUUCCAGACCGUCGACCUCUUUGAAGCCAAGGACAUGGCGGCGGUGCAGAGGACACUGAUGGCCCUGGGGAGCCUGGCGGUCACCAAGAACGACGGGAACUACCACGGGGACCCCAACUGGUUCAUGAAGAAAGCGCAGGAGCACAAGCGGGAGUUCACCGAGAGCCAGCUAAAGGAGGGCAAGAACGUCAUCGGCUUACAGAUGGGGAGCAACAAGGGGGCAUCACAGGCGGGGAUGAGCUACGGCCGGCCCCGGCAGAUCAUCAGCUAGGCAGCCCCCCUCGCCGCCCCCAGCCCUCCCACUGCCGGGAGAGCAGCCCCAGCCGGGACCUCCGCCUUCGCUCCCCCCGGCCCAGCGCGCUGCAGCCACCCAAGCACCGGUGGCCGCCCCUCACCGAUUGGUAUUUAUUGGAAAGAAAACGCCAGCCAGCCCAACCGACCCUUCAGCGCAAGCAACGGCAGCACGCGCCCAGCCGUGGCCCCCGCGCAUGGUGACGCACCCAGCCUCGGGGACACGGGGGCAGCCCCACCACGCUCGCGCCGUGCCCCAGGCAGCCCUUGCCCCCCGGCCUUGCACACCCCUGCGAUCCCCACCGCCAGCUGGCCCUGCCCCUGCUGUGCUCGCUGGCACCCAUGGGUGCCCUGCCGCCAUCCCUGGGACGGGGGGUGGGAAGGGCACGUGCCCCAGCCGCCGGAGCCAUCCUGCCUGCCCGCAGCCCCGCGCCACUGCUGCAGCGACCCUUGCGAACGGGGAGAAAAGAAAAUUGGCCUCGGUUUUGUACUUUGUUUUUGUCAAAAUUAAAAGGUUAUUCAUCUAG